ACUACUACUGCUCCUUUUAGAAAAGAUGAAUUUAUCUGUGAGUUCUCUUCUUCUGAGACGCGAUCGAGCGCUUUUAUGCUCUAUAUGUCCUGCGUCAACCUUGAAGCUGGCGUGGCGCGACGUGUAAUCUAGAAUUGCUGCGAUAAAUUGUAAACAUGCAGCGUUUGGCAUUUUCUGUACCGGAGAACCUUAAAGGGGUUCUAAGGAAUCCUAUGACGUACCUGAAGCCUUUGUCCAUCGGAUCUAUUCGCUUGUAUCCUGGUGAUGAGUUUGGUCGAGGUGCAGGCAAGGGUGGUGGCGGUGGAGGUACUAUUCGUGAUGCUGGUGGAGCAUUCGGUAAACGAGAAGCGCGUAAUGAAGAGGAGUAUUUUUAUAAAUUACAACAACAACAACUUCGUGCUUUAAAGAAGCAUUUAGAAGAGGAACAUGAACGUGAAGAGCAGGAAAUUAAGCGCCUUGAAGAAUCACUUAAACGUAGAAAGAAAUUACUAGCUGAUCUUGAAAAGAAGCAUGAUUAAGUGUGAAUGCACACUAAUUCGUCUGUACAAAUUACGUUGACUUCAUGAGACGUGUAUCGAUGUUGCUGUCGAUAUUGAUGUUGGUGUUGAUGAGUGCAGGUGUAAAAUAUAAAAAUUAGUCAAUCAGUCAAUCAUUCACGUAGUCAGUCACUUCUGUAUGCCUUUUAUUGUGGUGAUCCUAACCAUUACAAUUUAUAUUAUAAAUAGUUAUUAAAAGAAAAUUAUUGUGUGUUUUGUGCUGCU